AAAAAACAGUGUGUAGAACAAUAUUAUGAAACACAAAGAACAAAGAGAACAUAGAUUUUAAAAAAAAUUUUUAAACACCUUUCCGACAUGGCCCUUUUCAUCUCGCACACCCCCUAGUGAAGCUCUCGUACCACUGGUGGUGCACAUACCAGAUUUUGGGAAUCCCUGGGUUAGAGGUUAGGAUUAGGAUUAGGGUUAGGGUUAGGGUUAGGGUUAGAGAGAGAGGAACAUUGCAGAAAGGGCUCAAAAUAAUGGACAACCCCAAACAUGCCUUACAUGACCCACUGGUUAGACAACAGAGUGCAGUCAGUCGAAGGCUUCUUCAGCUCCAUGGUGAGAUGUUUUGUGCGACUGUUCACAAUUUAGGGGACUAUUUACAUAAAUUAAUUUUAAAAAGAGACCCUGAGACUGCGUGAGUCUCACCAUUAUAAAACCAACACUGAGUAGGCUACAGCGUACACAGUGGAACAAACUGAAUUAGCCCAAAGCAAGGCAAAUUAACGCUUGUGAAGGCUAAUUGCUUCCUCAUUAUCAUUGCUGGUGCUUGAUCGUUCCUCUACGACGCUUCCUCAGGGCUAUUGUCCCCGGGUUUCUGGACUCACCUUUACCCUCCGACCACGCUGUGCUUAGGUGGUGUCAAGGUAGUAUAAACUUAGAUUCAGUGCCAAAAAAAAAACAAGACAACUAGUCACUACCACUACCAGGACAUUGUAGGUUUACAACCACAAAACGUGAAUUUGAAGCAGGCAGGCUACACACAUUAAGAUCCACAACACUCCUGCAAUAAAUCAUAUUUCAAUACAAAACUCAACUGGCUCAAAUAAACAUGGAUGACAUGGAUGAAUGGUUGUUUAAUUAUUGGAGAAGCGUCUUUCAUGCACAAAUAUUGCACACAUCAAAAGCACAAAAUGUGCAAAUAGUGUACAAGACAAAUGACAUUACAUUCAUUAGAUAUCGAUUGGGAAGACUAAUUUUCAACCAAGCAGAAUUUCAUAACAAUUGUGUGACAGGAACACGUGCUACUGGAGCCAAGCCAUUGAGGGGGUGGGGGGAGGGGGUAAAACCAGGUGCACAAGAGGGGAUUCUGUUAAGAAUCUGUAAAAUUACAGAACUAUUCUGCAUCAGGAAUAUUCCCUCUAUUCUACUGCACACUCAGAGAUGUUCCACUUUGAUGUACGUACGACAAAUAACCAGAUGUUAUUGGUGAUCGCUUGGGAGAUUUACUGUAUGGAAUGAAAAAGCCGAGACAGGCAUUAUACACCACAUUAUUUCUUGUCUGCCCACUGUAGAAUCCUCUCUUCUCCAAACGGUGACCUUGGUUUGAUGUGAAGAUAUCUUUGAUAUCGUCAUACUAUUGUCAAUACGUCAUAAAGUAAUACUCUAACACUUGCAAUGCAGUGCUUGUGUUCAGAGCAGAUAAAAGAAGUCAAGCUAAAGAAACAAUCUCAACUGUGCGUACAUAAGAUGAGAGAGAGAGAGAGAGAGAGAGAGAGAGAGAGAGAGAGAAGCUCAAGCAGAGUCAAGCCGUUUUCAUUAAUCUGCAAAUUUUCUCAGAUGACGCAAGGACCAACUGACUUCACCCCCCUCCCCCUUCCCUAUCUCUCCCUCUCGCAUCUCUCCAGUCCGCCCUCACUCACUCCGUGUCCCCCGAUGCCGUGGUGUUGGUGGAUGGGAGACAGCACCACACAACAGGCAGGAUGACGAAUCAUCAGCCAGUGAAGGACACCAUGGAGUGUGAGGAUGGGGGGGAAUCGGCGCCUAAAGCUGGCCUAAUGCAGCAAUACUGUGGCUGGAUGACCCGCUCACCUGACCAUCUCCUACUGCUUCUCACCGUCCUCGGUGUAAUAGCAGGCUCAUUGUGUGGCAUGAUGCUCCGGUAUGUGCCCGAUUUGGACCCCAACACGCUAAUGCUGGUGUCCUUCCCCGGAGACAUCCUGAUGAGGAUGCUGAAGAUGCUCAUCCUCCCCCUCAUCAUAUCCAGUCUCAUCACAGGUUUGGCGGGUUUAGAUGCCCGUUCCAGUGGCAGGAUGGGAACAAGGGCCAUGGUCUACUACAUGUCCACUACUGUAAUCGCUGCCAUCCUGGGGGUUAUCUUAGUCCUGGGUAUUCACCCGGGUAACCCUAAGCUCCGGAAUGAACCCACAACCGUUUCGGCUCCCAAGAACCAGGAAGUCAACAGUCUGGAUGCCUUCCUGGACCUCAUCCGCAAUCUCUUCCCUGAGAACCUGGUGCAGGCUUGCUUCCAGCAGGUCCAGACCGUGCUGAAGAGAGUUGCUGUUCCUGUCCAGAAUCAAACAGAACCUAUCUUUGUCAACAAGAAGAAACUAGAGUUCAAAUGGGGAAUGAAUGUACUAGGUUUGAUUGGGUUCUUCAUAACAUUUGGAAUAUGCAUGGGGAAAAUGGGAGAGAGGGGGAAGCUCAUGGCCGAAUUCUUCAACAUCCUGAAUGAGAUCAUCAUGAAGAUGGUCUCCAUGAUCAUGUGGUACUCCCCUGUGGGUAUUGCCUCCCUCAUCUGUGGGAAGAUUGCAGCUAUUGGAGACUUGGAGGUGGUUGCUAGGCAGUUGGGCAUGUACAUGGUAACAGUCAUGGUUGGCCUUACCAUCCAUGGUGGUAUAAUUUUGCCCUUCAUCUUCUUUGGGGUAACCAGGAAGAACCCUUUCCACUUCUACUCAGGAAUCUUCCAGGCGUGGAUAACAGCCUUAGGAACUGCCAGCAGCGCUGGGACACUGCCAGUCACAUUCCGAUGCCUGGAAGAGAACCUGAAAAUUGACAAGCGCGUGACCCGCUUUGUGCUACCCAUCGGUGCCACCAUAAACAUGGAUGGCACUGCUCUCUAUGAGGCUGUGGCAGCCAUCUUUAUUGCCCAGAUGAAUGACAUCGAUCUAGACGCAGGGCAGAUUGCAACAGUGAGUAUGACAGCAACAUUGGCCAGUGUUGGAGCAGCUAGCAUACCCAGUGCUGGCCUUGUGACCAUGCUGCUGAUCUUGACCGCUGUUGGCCUCCCCACCCAAGACAUCAGCCUUCUCAUUGCUGUGGACUGGCUACUGGACCGCAUGCGCACUUCCAUCAAUGUGGUAGGUGACUCCUUUGGAGCAGGCAUUGUGGACUACCUCUCUCAUGCUGAGCUGGCGGAAUAUGACGCAGAGGCCCUUGCUGCUCUUGAGGGGGAAGAGGAGGAGGAGUUCAUUCCACCUCCGCCCCUCCUGACCGAGAUAGACCUGAUGGAACCACUGAAGCCUCCCGAACUGCCACCACGCUCCCCCCGUCCACCCAAACUGAACCACACAACCUCGCACUCGCUGGCCCAGUCCCAUUCCGUGACGCACUCGCCUCUGUCGGUGCGCUCGCCCUCCCCGCGCUCGCCAUCGCCGCGGCCCGUCCGCUCAUCAUCGCCACGCUCGGUCCAGUCCCACUCACCCAGGCCUUUCCGCACCCACUCUCCACGUCUGCUGCGACGCACUGAGCCUGGGUACACCGCCCUACCUACUCAUGAAAACCAGAUUCCUACCCUCCCACGUGCCUAUAGAGAGAGGGAGCGAGACCGAGAGAGGGAGCGACUGCGAGGAAGAGAGAGGGAGCGAGAAAGUGAGACUGAGGAGGACGAGGAGAGAGAGAGGGGACUUGACGAAUGCAGUGACGGGGAGGAGAGUGACGACACUGCUUAUGACCGGAGACACACCAUCCCUCCAUGUGACCUACCAUGAGUCCGCCAACCCCUGGACCAUCGCCGAUGGCAUCGUCACAACAUUUUUACAGCAUUUCCCCACACUUUACUGCACCCCUUCACCAUUCCCAAGUGGUGGUCUUUUCAGGUAGAUAAUUGGACUGGGCAGAAACUGUUUUAGUUUCAUGGGACGUGUGUUUUAUUAGUGCUUUACAAGUGUAAAAACAAAUUUUUGACAAAUUACAAAUGUAGCAUAGUGACCAUUGCCGUGACUCUGUGUCCCAUGCAGUCACUGCUAUUUUCAUUUUACUGGAUUCUGCUGUAUCAAACCAUUUUGUUUCCUCAAUCACCCCUGUUAUUGUUUUAAUAAAAUGCCCCCUAGUUGCAGUCUUCCCUGAAGUCUUAUCUAGUCAUAAUGACAACUGAUUGGGAAAACUCCCUGAACACCCAGAGGCCAGGUGCCUAAAUCAGGUUAGACAUUCCAUUAACUUCAACGCACAAUGUUGAGAGCAUGCCAUGGCACAUAAUAAUCUGUUUUUCGUAUGCCAGUAUACACAUGAUUUGUAAUUAUGUAUGUGAUAUAAAGUGUGAUUGGCAUGAGUAUAGAGGAGAGUUCAGUUCAGGUUACUGACCUAUUAUAAGCAUGUGCAACUGUCAAGCAACUGUCAUCCAUUUGAUAUUCUUUUCAGUCUCCUUAUCAGUUCCUUAUCCACCCUUUAAAGGAAUGUUCCAGAGAAAAAACAACCUAGGGUCUAUUCAGAGGCUAACAGGUUCAAAAUGUUGUUUGAGAGCAUAAUGACAUUUAUAGGUGGAGUUUUGAGCAUCGUUUGUCGUUUGCAUUAACACCAAAUUGGUAGGGGGUGUGAUGAUACACUCAGUCCAUGAGACGAUACACGAUAUUCAAGUUCAACAGCAAACAGGACUUUUCUGCACGUAUCAACCCAUGUAGGCUAGCCCAAUAAACGCCUAUGUAAAUACACAAAACAUUCUCAUCAAAGCAGGGUAACUUCUUCAGACUUCAGACGAGUGCUGUCAAAUCGAUCGUAUGCGGUUUGGUCAUAUAGUCUAGUGGUGUGGUGGUGAAGUGUCAUCAUGCUGCG